AUGGCGGAAGAUGGUUACGAAGUGAUGGGUCCUGGUGGAGCGAAACCGCAGCCAAUUGCACCGCCUCCUCCGCCAGCGGCUCUGGAGUCAGCGCAAGAAAAAACGCAAGAAAAAACUGCGCCAAAAUCGACGGCGACGGUUACGGAAAAAUCGAAUAAGACGAAAAAGAAGAAGAAGAAGGAGAAAGAAGAGUUGACUGUGGUGGGUUUUAAUUAAUUAAUUAGCUAAUUAAUUAGGGCUAAUUAGGUAAUUAGUUAAUCACAAUUUGAGGGAACAUAGGAACAAUAAUCAAAAUUUUGAUUUAAAAAAUUUAUUUUGUUAUUUUUUUGAAACAUUGAAAAUUUAUUGUUGAAAUUUAAUUAAUUUUCUAUAAUUAAAAAAAUUGAAAAUUAAUUAAUUAAUUAAUUGAUUAUGUUAAAAAACAGUUAAAACGAAUUUCAUCAAAAUUUUUGAUUUAAAAAAUUUUCUUGUUAAUUUUUUGAAACAGUGAAUUUUUUUUCAAAUUUUAUUUUUCUGGCGCCUAAAAAUUUGAUUAAAUUUUCUACAAUUAAAACGCAAGAAAAAACUAAUUUUAAAAAAUUUAAUCAAAUUUUUAGGCGCCAGAAAAAUAAAAUUUGAAAAAAAAAUUCACUGUUUCAAAAAUUUAACAAAAUUUUUUUUUAAAUCGAAAAUCGAUUUAAAAAAAAAUUUUGUUAAAUUUUUGAAACAGUGAAAUUUUUCGGAACUUAACUUAAAAAAACUUAUUUCGAUUAAUUAAGUACCUAAUUACCCUAAUUAAUUAAUUCCAGGGCGAUGGAACUGGCGUCAAUCAGCGUCCCAAUUCUUGCGAUACAAUUUUGCUGGCUCUGACUUGUGUCGUUCUGAUUCUGGUGAUUGCCGCAUCGAUUCCGAUGAUUUUGGCUGGUUUUGGAGUUGCCGAUAUUGAAAGUUUGAGAAAAAGCAUGGAAAAAGAGGAAUGA